GGAUUGCGCAGGCGCAGCUCAGCUGAGUUCGGCUCGACUCCUGGCGGCCCAUCGCAUUCCGUGGCCAGUCGCAGCGCGAGACGGUUAGCCAGUGCGGACCACCUCUCUCUUGACUUAAAUAAAAAAAAAAAAAAAAAAAAACUUGAAAAAAUUUCAUAAAUAAAUAGAAAAAACAAACAUUUUUUUCCCGUGCCACUUGUUUUGCACACAAAUUUAGUGUGUUUUGUGUUUUGUUUGAUUGAAAUUGAGACAAUUAGGAGGCGACACCAUGAUUGUCAACAUGGGCAGUGCAUCCAGCCCCACGACGGAUCCCAUUAACACUAGCAACAACAACAACAACAACAACAACAACAACAACAACAAUGGAAGUGCCACCAAUCAAAAUAAUAACAACACGCCCGAUUACAACUUUCUGAAGCGCAAGUACCAAGAUGAUCAGGAAGAUCUGGUCUUGGGCCAGGACUACGAGCCCAUCGAGACGAAUCCCUGGAAGAAGCGGCACCUGGAGUACGAUGUCCCCGGCGACCUGCAGUUCCACUUGCAACUGGAGCAGCAAGGCGGCAGCAGCAGCAGCAGUAGGAGUAGCAAGCCAGCACCUGCCCCAGUCACAGCGUCCUUCAUCAACGAUCUGUUUGCCUACGAUGGCAGUCUCCUGGUGCCCGCCCCUGCCGUCGGCUACUCCCACUGUCCGCCCUCGAGCAGUGUUCCCCUGGAGGACACUGGCGGCUGGACGGGCGGCGAACUGCUCGAGCUGGACCAUCGCUACAACUCCGGUCUGCAGGCGGAGCUGGGCCAGCUGAAUGCCACUUUGCCGCCGCCGCCACCGCCGCCGCCAGAAACACAAAACACAUCAGCUCAGCCACAACAAAGCCCACUUAAUCCCAGCCAGAGUAGCAAUGCGAACCAAAAUCAAAACUUUUUGGUCCCACAGAAGCAGCAGCAGCAGCAACAGCAGCAGCAGCAGCAGCAGCGGAUAUUGUCGGCUGGGCGACGCACUUCGUCCGGUUCGGAGGCCACCGGCGAGGCGGACUUCGAGGUCAAGAACCUGUCCUGGCUGCUCAACUUCAAGUUCGACGAGUUCCCGCACCUGUCGCCGCACAGUCAAGCCCAGGCAGUCGUCCAUCUGCCCGAGGGCAGUGCUCCUGCUCCUGCUCCUGCUCCCGCCCCCUCAAAAUCCCCCACGGUGUCCUGCAGUUCCGCCUCGCCCACAUCCGCCUCCGUAUCCGCCGCAUCCGCAUCCGCCACCAACUCGAAUCACUCGGGAUCGGGUUUAAUGGAUCCACGGGCCAGAUCGCCCAAGAGCAGCUGCGCCAACGGGUCAAUGGCAACGGGAGGAGGAGCACCAGCUCCAUUGGGCGGCCCCACCAAAGCGGGACGCAAGUUCGAGGAGCUGGUCAUGGAGGUCACCUCGGAGCUGGACGGCAGCGACAUGAUCGUCGCCGAGCACGUUGUCGUCGAGGACACCUCUUCCAAGGCGCCAAAGAAAACCACCGUUCACCUACACGGAGCUCAUCGAAUACGCCCUCGAGGAUAA